UUAAUUUGGCAACACUGGCGAAAGUAAAGUGACGUUUUGAAUUUCGGCUGAAGUUGCAGUCAAAUUCAAUCGAUUUUUAUAUGAAUUGGCGAUAAAAUAAAAACAAUGUCGCUAGCUAAAAUAUUUUCAGUGUCGUCACGAGUCCGUGCGACAAAUGCUGGCAAUGUGAUGGUACGUCACUGCUCUGGAGGGAAAGUAGAGAAAGUUUAUCCACCCAACUCUCCCGGCUACAAAUAUGUGAAUGCUGAAGACCCUGAGAUGACAUUUAGAGCUAUGUCAGACAGAGCUGCUCAAACUAUGUUUUGGACAGAGCUGGCUAGGGGAUUUGCAGUCACAUUAGCCCACAUUUUCAAGGAGCCAGCCACCAUCAACUACCCCUUCGAAAAGGGUCCUCUCUCACCCCGAUUCCGAGGCGAGCAUGCUUUGCGUCGAUACCCUUCUGGUGAAGAGAGAUGCAUUGCAUGUAAAUUGUGCGAAGCCAUCUGCCCGGCCCAGGCGAUUACAAUCGAAGCGGAGGAACGUAAGGACGGCUCUAGAAGGACUACACGCUACGACAUUGAUAUGACUAAAUGUAUCUAUUGUGGUUUCUGUCAGGAAGCGUGCCCAGUUGACGCUAUUGUAGAAGGGCCCAACUUCGAGUUCUCGACAGAAACUCACGAAGAACUUCUAUACAAUAAAGAAAAGUUGUUAUCAAACGGAGACAAAUGGGAAAGCGAAAUAGCGUCUAACAUAAGAGCGGACCAUCUCUACCGCUAAACUGAAACCGCUUAAUAACUUAUUAUUACCUUAGUGUAAAUACUUUUAAGACCUAUUUUGCAACAACAUUCAGAAGACUUUAACCUUUUAAGCGCUUGGCUAAAUAUCAAUUGUCGUGCCCCUAGCGCGCCGCUACAAAUCGAUAAAAUAAUACCUACAAUAAAUAAGGAGGAGUAAUCGUUGUAUCGAUAAAAAAAAGUCAAAAAGUUUUUUAUGUUUUUAUUUAAAAUCAGCCUUCUUGUAUCACAAUCAUUCAUCUUUAAGGUGAAAGCUUAUCUCUAAGUGAAAAUUAGUAAAAUUUCCGAAAUCUAACUUAUUUUGACUAAUUCUUUGUGAGAGCGAAUGGAGCGACCGUUUUAAUAAUUCUUAUGUUUAAAGUUAUUCUUGUUAAUUUAACUUUAUUUCGUAUGACACUGUUUAUUUCAUGCUGAAUGAUGCAUUAUACCUGAUUAUUUAACUGUUUGUUAUUUUGUUUUUAAAAUGCGCAUUGCAUUGUAUCCCAUCCCUAUGGUCAUAUUUAUGCGACACGCGCGAUAGACACCGAAGAAAAGUCCGAGCUGCCAAUUACUUAUUUUUGUUUAAGUUUUUUCAAUGCUUAGAGCUAUGAAACAUAAUUUUAAGUAAUUGUUGUAAUAAAUAGCUCUAUUCAAUAAUAGUUUUAGUUAUACCACGAAGUUAAUAGGACGAUAAUAGAACGAAAAAAUCAUGGAUAUUCUCUGUCGCAGAAAUACGACACGGGCGGUAGGGGCACGGCAAUAUUUGUCGCAUAUAUGCGACUCGCGCGGUUAAAAGGUUAAAUUUUAGACAUUUUAUUUCAAUUAAUUUACAUUGGUAGUGGUUAAUUGUGAACAAAAUAGGGCUUAAAACUAGUAAUAAAUUUGUUUUUGUGAUAAAUAAAACAUAUUCUCAGUU